AGCCGAGACUGGCUGGGAAAUGAUGGCUGAUGAAGACGAGGAAGUCAAGCAGAUCUUGCAGAAAUUGCAGGAACUGGUGGAUCAGCUCUAUUCGUUUCGAGAGUGCUAUUUCGAGACACAUGGUGUGGAGGAUGCUGGAAGGAAGCAACAGGAUGUGCGGGAAGAGAUGGAGAAGACCCUGCAGCAGAUGGAGGAAGUAGUGGGUUCUGCCCAGGGCAAGGCCCAGGUUCUGAUGCUGACUGGGAAGGCACUGAAUGUGACUCCUGACUAUAGCCCUAAGGCUGAGGAACUUCUGUCCAAGGCUGUGAAGCUGGAGCCCAAGCUGGUGGAAGCCUGGAACCAGCUGGGUGAGGUGUACUGGAAAAAAGGGGAUAUUGCGUCUGCCCACACCUGCUUCUCUGGAGCCCUCACCCAUUGCAAGAACAAAGUCUCCCUUCAAAACCUGUCCAUGGUGCUUCGCCAGCUGCGGACUGACACUGGAGAUGAACAUUCUCGUCAUGUAAUGGACAGUGUCCGACAGGCUAAGUUGGCCGUGCAGAUGGAUGUCCAUGAUGGCCGUUCCUGGUAUAUUCUGGGGAAUGCAUAUCUUUCUCUUUACUUCAAUACUGGCCAGAACCCUAAGAUCUCCCAGCAAGCCCUCAGUGCCUAUGCCCAAGCAGAGAAAGUUGACAGGAUGGCUUGCAGCAAUCCUGAUCUUCAUCUGAACAGGGCAACGUUACAUAAAUACGAAGAGAAUUAUGGGGAGGCCCUGGAGGGCUUCUCUCGGGCUGCAGCACUGGACCCUGCAUGGCCAGAGCCCCGGCAACGAGAGCAACAACUUCUGGAAUUCCUGAAUAGAUUAACCAGUCUCCUUGAGAGCAAGGGAAAGGUGAAGACCAAAAAGUUGCAGAGCAUGCUGGGAAGCUUGCGCCCGGCCCAUCUAGGCCCUUGUGGUGAUGGGCGCUACCAGUCAGCCUCCGGGCAGAAGUUGACCCUGGAGCUCAAGCCCCUGAGUGCACUACAACCCGGUGUGAACAGUGGUGCUGUGGUCCUAGGAAAGGUGGUAUUCAGCCUCACCACAGAGGAGAAAGUCCCCUUUACAUUUGGCCUGGUAGAUUCAGAUGGACCUUGCUGUGCAGUGAUGGUGUAUAAUAUGGUACAGAGUUGGGGAGUGCUCAUUGGGGACUCCGUAGCCAUUCCUGAGCCCAGUCUUCGGCUUCACCGAAUUCAGCACAAAGGAAAAGACUAUUCCUUUUGCAGUAUUCGUGUGGAGACACCCCUCCUGCUGGUGGUGAACGGGAAGCCCCAGGGCUCCAGCAGUCAGGCCGCUGCAACAGUGGCAUCACGGCCACAGUGCGAAUGACCGUCCUUGACUUGCAUGCUGAAGCAGGAGUGGAGGCGAGAGGAUAAGCUCAAGACCGUCAGCAGCUGGGCCAGCUCCACCCAGUGACUCAGCCAGGAAGGGGGGAUGUUGUAGAUGAUGACUUUCCCUUCCCCUGUCCUGUAGGACACUUUGUGUCUUGUCUUUCUCUCCUGUUCACAUGUUCAGGUUCUCUGUGGCCACACACUUCCCUGGUGUAAUCUCUCCUGCCUCUUUCAUCGCUCUUCUGUGUUUUAGGCAAAGAGCAUGGAAUUGGUAGAAGUGUUGGCAUCUUGCCGUGGGACAGAGUCCCCACGGUUUUCGUUCUUGCCUCCUUCCUGAGCCUCGUGUAUAUAUCAUUGCAGUAUUUAUUGCUAAGGGAGGGGGCUUGAUUUUUUAAUGGCUUGUUUUUUU